AUGUAUUUGAGACUGGUCUGUUACUACAUGCUCCAAGCCAUCUUCAUUUGGGCUCAAGCAUCAUCGGCAGUGGAAACAUAUGAUGACCUCUAUGUCGGAUGCUUCACAGAUGCUACAAUUAAGCGGGUCCUACCAGAUGCCCAAUUAAUAUCUGAUGAUAUGACAAUCACGGUAUGCAUUGACUACUGCACAACGUUGACUGACACUGACUCUGCUUACGCUGGAGUAGAGCAUGCGAAUGAAUGCUACUGUGGGGUUGCUGGUACGAACUACGAUCGACUUGGAGUGCCAGAAGACGGUGACUGUGAUUUCCCAUGUGCGGGGGAUAACACUAAUAUUUGUGGGGGCAUUAACAAAAUCUCUAUUUAUAACGGUAAGUUCAAGAACCAUCAGAACCAAUAG